CCUUAUUACAAUAAUAUCUGUACGCGACUGAGGUUUAAUAGCGUCUGCUAAUGCUCGUUUUACUGCGCAUGUGCGAGCGUCACCUCACUUUGCGAGGGAGACAAGUAAACAAAAGAUCUGGCGCGUCUCAUUCGGGCGGGUCGACUCCGAGGGAACCAUUCAUUGGUAACUAUCCACAGAUGAUCUACUACAAAUCCUUGUCCAUCCGCAAAGGAAAGGUCCCUCAGACGUCGUAAUCUUUGAGUAACUGAUAAGGGGAUUUCUUCAUGAUUAAAAGAAUUUAGACAAUUAUGGGAAAGAUGACGGGGAUAAAUAUUUCUUCGUCAAUAAAAAAUCCAAUAACAGAGAAUGACUCAAGUCAAAAUUUCAACGUGAAUAUUAGUACGAAGAAUGGCAUUUUAUCACAUCUUUACGAUUGCCUCGUUUUAAUAUCACUCUUAGCGUUGUUGCUCUCGUCGAUGGUAAUAACUCAACAAUUAGCAGUUCUACGCAAACAGGUGCAAUUUCUCAUGUUGAAGUGUCAAAACGACAAUCAAAAUAACGAUGUUGUGCCAGAUCAAUUUGUUAGCUCAUUUAUGUCUUCUAUUCACGAGCUCUCUAAUCAAACGGAAGUCGGAGAUGAUGGAAAUUCCGACUUUAAGUUAAAUCCUAAUAAGACAAUUUCGGCUCGAUCAACCGAUGAAAAUAAUACAUUCAAAGAUAUUGCGAAAUCGGUGAGUGAAGUGAUGCUCAAUUUAUUCUUUGAUUCCAAUAAGAGGCCAAACUUGCGUUCGGAAAUGCAAAAUUACGUGACGACAAAGAAUGAAACAAAUAGUGAUUACGGAUUGAUCAAAUGGAGUGAACAGCGAGCGAGAAGAUUGAAAAGGGUUGUGACAGAUAGUGAAGAACAGCAGAGCGAGGAAAAAGGUGAAAUACGGCGACAGGGCAAGAAAGAAAACAAAGAACAGCGACAGAUCGAGAAGGAAGAAGUACUGCGACAGAAUGAAGAAAUAAUAAGUAAAACACGGCGACAGAGUGACGAUAAAGAUAGAAGGCGUCAACGGAGCGGGAAAAACGGUGCAAAACGGCGAAGUGGGAAUAAAAGGAACAUACAGCGACAGUGCGAAAGAUGCCACAGACGCUGCAAUUGCGAACAAUCGAGCCCAUUAGUAACUACGUCCGCUAGUGCAAUACCGGAACCAAACAGAGGUCCCUCAGUAGUUACGUUCGUUGGUGCAAUACCGGAAUCAAAUCAAGUUCGUAUCGGACCUUGGAAUAAGAAAGAAACAAGCAAAGUGAGCCAGCAAUAUGAUUUCACGCCAUUUUAUUUGACAAAUGAUUCGAUUGAAGUUAGCAUAAAUGGUUUAUUUUUUAUCUCUGUGCAGGUUUAUUAUUCUGGAAAUAAUAAGGACAUGUAUCAUUCUUAUUGGGUAAUGUUAUUGUCUCUGGGUGCAUCGGCUCCAGAAAAGCUCAUUAAAUGUGGUUCUUUUAAUAUCGAAGUCUCAUGUUAUACGAGUAUAACUACGUAUUUACAAAAAGGUGAUAGAUUGUACCUAGAACAAGAGGCGAUUAGAACGGUUAAUUUGGAAAAGGGAUAUAGUCAAAUACAAAUUGUGCUGCUUUCCAGCGAUAGAAACGAAGAGGAUAAAAAAGCAACGUAGAGUUUAGAAGUUCUAAAAUAGAUGUAAAUAUAUAAGCUAAUCGUAUAUUAAGUGACAACUAACGUUUAUAACGAUUGUAAGUCAACGGUUGUGAUUAAGAUAAAAAUUAUCUUAAGACUACGAGAUAAUUUAAGGUACUUAUUAGAAGAAGAUUUAAUGUGAUACUACGCUACUACAUUCAAUGAACUUUAUCUUAUUGACAAAAGAGUUUUGCAGUAGCGUAAAUUAUCAUUGUGUUUAUCAUAAUAAUUGAAGAUCACGGUUACAAGAAUGUAAUAAAGACAGAGUAACCUAUUUCUAGACUAUUGAUUGCUUAGAAAAACAUAAAAUAUGAGAUUCGAAGACAAAGAAUAAGAAAUGAUAGUCAUUAUAACAACCCACUAAACUUUGACCAUUACGUUUUCGAAACGUCAUACUAACAUCUCGGUGACAGUAAAUGUUUUGCCUCUAAGACGUUCCAGAAAAAUGUUUUAUUUAAAUAACGUUAUUAUAACGUACAAGUAACGUAACAAUCGAUUUCGUAUAAUGACACAUUCCUGUUACGUCGCAAAAAUCUCGAGGUUGGACAUUUGCUGUCGUCGAGAUAUUAGUAUGACGUUUCGACAACAUAAUAAUCAAAAUGUUUAACGGGAAUUUAUAAUUGACUUCGCAGAUUUUAUUCCGCAAGUAUUGUAUUUAUUUUUUAAUAUUUAGUAUUGAUUGAAAGAUACUAUCAGUUUCUCAAAUGUGAAGAAUACGCAAAUCUAUUUCCUUCUAUUAAUUCGUUCGUUCAUGAAUUUUAUUCUGUAUUAUGUAAGUUUUUAUUUUAUACGUAUUUUUGUAUCAAUAUUUUUUUUAAGAAAAUACAUUUUAUAAAUUGCUACAUCUCACUUCAAAAAUAGAAUCUUGUACAGAUGUGAUGUUAGUGUUAUCGAUAAUUAGUGAGAUCAUAAAUUUGCUCAUUGUUCAGUUAUUUUAAGGUAAUUUCCACACAUUUUUUAUAUUUUUAUAAAAAGCUAUAAGAGAAAAAUGUUAUCUUUGUGUAUUACAGAUAAUUGUUAAAUUUGGAACUUAUGCCAAUGUAACAAAGAAUGUAAAAAAUUACAAAGAAUUUUAAUAAAAUGUCGGACUUGCAUUA